CCCGGAAGCAGGAGGCGCACUGCGCAGCCGCUCCCGACCCUGAGCCCUGUGGAGGACUCAGGACGAAGGGGCGGGGCCGGGGCGGAGCGAGCGGCACGAUGGCGGAAGUGGAGUUCUCAAAUGCUACCCAUGAAGUCCUCAAUGUCACCCUCCACACCACGCUGUCCGUUACUACUAAACUGGUGGUUCCUACACCUGCCAAACCUAUCCUUCCAGUGCAGACUGGAGUCCAAGCUCAGCAAGAGGAGCAAUCCAGUGGCAUGACUAUAUUCUUUAGUCUCCUUGUAUUAGCUAUCUGCAUCAUAUUGGUGCAUUUACUGAUAAAGUACAGACUACAUUUCUUGCCAGAGAGUGUGGCUGUUGUUUCUUUAGGUAUCCUCAUGGGAGCAUUUAUAAAAAUUAUAGAGUCUCAAAAACUGGCCAACUGGAAGGAGGAAGAAAUGUUUCGUCCAAAUAUGUUUUUUCUUCUCUUGCUUCCACCUAUUAUAUUUGAAUCUGGAUAUUCAUUACACAAGGGUAACUUCUUUCAGAACAUAGGUUCCAUCACUCUGUUUUCUGUGUUUGGCACAGCAAUUUCAGCUUUCAUUGUAGGUGGAGGAAUUUAUUUUCUGGGUCAGGCUGAGGUAAUUUAUAAACUGAACAUGACAGACAGUUUUGCAUUUGGCUCAUUAAUAUCUGCUGUGGACCCAGUGGCUACUAUUGCCAUCUUCAAUGCCCUUAACGUAGAUCCUGUGCUUAACAUGUUGGUUUUUGGAGAAAGUAUUCUCAAUGAUGCAGUCUCUAUUGUCCUGACAAACACAGCAGAAGGUUUGACAAGAGAAAAUAUGUCAAAUGUAAGUGGAUGGCAAACCUUUCUCCAGGCACUGGAUUACUUUCUGAAGAUGUUCUUUGGCUCUGCAGCACUUGGCACUCUUACUGGCCUUAUUUCUGCAUUAGUACUAAAGCACAUUGAUUUAAGGAAAACACCCUCCCUGGAGUUUGGAAUGAUGAUUAUCUUUGCUUAUCUUCCUUAUGGACUUGCAGAAGGUAUCUCACUCUCAGGUAUCAUGGCAAUCCUGUUCUCUGGCAUUGUGAUGUCUCACUACACACACCAUAACCUUUCCCCAGUUACACAGAUCCUGAUGCAACAGACACUGAGAGCCGUUGCUUUCAUGUGUGAAACCUGUGUUUUUGCAUUUCUUGGUCUGUCCAUUUUUAGUUUUCCUCACAAGUUUGAAAUGUCCUUUGUCAUCUGGUGCAUAGUGCUUGUUCUGUUUGGCAGAGCAGUGAAUAUUUUUCCUCUAUCUUACCUGCUCAACUUCUUUCGUGAUCAUAAAAUCACCCCCAAAAUGAUGUUCAUCAUGUGGUUUAGUGGUUUACGUGGGGCAAUUCCAUAUGCCCUGAGCCUCCAUUUGGGCUUGGAGCCAAUAGAAAAGCGGCAGCUCAUUGGGACCACAACUAUCAUUAUUGUGUUGUUCACAAUUUUAUUGUUGGGUGGAGGAACCAUGCCCCUUAUCAGACUGAUUGAUAUUGAGGAUUCUAAAGCGCGAAGAAGGAGCAAGAAGGAUAUUAACCUCAGCAAGACUGAAAAGAUGGGUAAUACCAUUGAAUCUGAACAUUUAUCAGAACUCACAGAAGAAGAGUAUGAAGCCCACUACAUAAAGCGCCAGGAUCUCAAAGGCUUUAUGUGGCUUGAUGCCAGGUAUUUGAAUCCAUUCUUCACAAGACGGCUCACACAGGAGGACCUACAUCAUGGACGCAUACAGAUGAAAAGCCUCACCAACAAAUGGUAUGAAGAGGUGCGACAAGGACCCUCAGGGUCUGAAGAUGAUGAACAAGAGCUGCUAUAGCAGGCUAGAGGAGGAGGACUGUAACGGGUUUAUCAUAGAGCACCAAUAACUAGAUUUAAGUAACAAAAGAUUCUGACUGUACAAAAGCCCAGGGUAUUAAGAAUGAAGACUUCCCACUGCAGGUCCCACCAUGUGCUGUUGUACUUAGGUUUCACAGAACCAGAUACACUGUACUUCAUAAGACCAGUCGCUGCAGGACCCCCUUACAAUAACACAAAAGCAGUAUUUGGGCUGAGGAUAGAGCCGUACCUUUUAAUUCUGAAUAUCUCAGCACUUGUAAGUUUCACUCAGCCCAUGCAAAACUGCAUUGAAAUAACCUUGAAGAAGAGUGUCUUCCACUCUGAUGUAAGCUGUAAAUUCAUGUUACAGUUCAGGUUCCGUAAUACGGCUCCACAAAACAGAAUGAGUUGCACUUUAUUGUAUACUUUAAUACUCAUUCAUGUCUUGGGGAGUCAUGAUGGUUUAUACUGUGAAUUUUUGCCAAUAAAAUAAUUGAAUCUUUGUCUGGAACAAAACUGUAAUUUGCAUAUUAUGGAUCCAGAAUGCAUAGUGAGCCCCCAGACAGGAAGCAGAUAUUGUGCAUGGACAUAAAGCACCAGAUCCUUUUAAAUACUCAGUGUGUCUGCCAUUGCUGUUGGUUUUUUAAUGUUGAAAUGACUUAAUCCACAGUACUUGCCACUGCUUAAAGUGUGUUUUAAGGAAAAAGCAUAGAACUGGAUUUGAAAUCCAUAGAUUUUUUUUUUUUUACUUAUCCCCCCACCACACUCACUCCUGAAACUUAUAAAUGGUUACACUUUUUUAACAAAAAUUAUAAUAAAAAGGGUGCUCCUAGCUGGCACUAUAAGCUUUGAAUCUCAGGAAGCAAAUGUUUUUGCUUUGCCUAAAUUCAUGAAAUGUCCCUAACACCCAUGAGGAGUGUAGGGAGGUUUUUAAAUUCUAGAGGCACUAGUAGCAGGCUUUUCCACAUAGGUUUUCAUGGUGCACACUUACUGUGUUUCAGCUAUAGUAAAUACAAAUUUUUUUUGCCUAGUUGGUCAUUUGCACAUGCUUUAAAAAAAAAAAAAAAAACCACUUUACUGAGCGUUUUCAAUCAUGGAUCUGUUGUGUUUUUUUUUGGACAAAUAAAGGACACUUCAGGAAUGUAUUCCAAAAGCACAACUGCUCAAAAUCCUAAAUAUGGAUUGACUUACUAGUUUUUUGUGUGUGUGUAUGUGUGUUUGGAAGCUAGUCCUGAUGUUUAAGAAAAAAAAAGCGCAGCAGUUUCUAGCUAAUCUCUCUGGUGAGCAUCUGUACUUUCGAGCCACCGUUAGCAGUUACUGCAUCCCCUAAAUCAAUACAGAUUAAGGUGAAUAGGGAAGUGGAUUAGAGUUUUUUGGUUCCCUUUUCUACGUACCCACUUUGAAACAAGUCUAGUGGCCGCACUUGAUGCUGGCAGCUUUCCAACAGCUGUAAAUUUAACAUGCUAAAGUUGGACAUUGAUAUCUGAUUGAUUUAGCUUUGAAGCAGAGCAUUACUGAAUAUGUGGGCCUCCUCACGCUAUGCCCCAUGCAGAAGCAGAACUAUUAGAGAAUGUCUCCCCCAUUCGUGAGAGCACAAUGUGUGAUUUGCGUGAUGCUGCCAUUAAAAGGUUGAUCGUAUAGUCCAGCCCUCCUCACUUUAAUUUCAGACUCGCUUGUGCAUUUUCACUUGAAAACUAAUUAAUCUCACUAGGAAAGAACACUUUUUGCGGGGUAACAAAUCAAGUAACCUCUCUGUGGUUAUCAGCCAUGAAAUGCACUUUAUUUCUUACCCUUGUACGUGAACAGAAUUUGGCUUCAUGCUUUAUAGAACUUGAACGUGCUGUGUAAUGUGAGCAUGAAGGGGAAUGAACUCAGAUUGUUUCCAGUGUUGAGUACUGAAGAAUCGCAUCUUGCUUGGUGUUUGGGAGGAGAACAGAUCUGUAACGAAUCAUGCUAACCAGACUGAAGGAAACUCUAACAUUAGAUCUUUCUAACUAGUCCAGAGUUAGGGGUAUAUGCUUGAAAACAUUUUUUAGGAUGUGAAAACCCUAGCUGCAGUACUAUAAGAUAGGUAUGUGUGAGAGAGAGUGAGAAAAAUGUAAAUUCCACUUUAUAAUACAGCUAUUUCCUCAGGUGCCCAUCCAGAGUAAGCGCCCAUUUGUAUGGUUUUUUAUGGGAUGUCACACUUGCUCACAAAGAAUAGUUUAAGCCGUAGAGGCUAGGAACCUUUUGAGGUUGCUGAAUAUAUGAGGAUCUGUUUGCCAGAUUCAUAUGCUUUUGGCUUACAGGAGAAUGGUAGAAAUUGUGUUUUUUAAAAAAAAAAAAGACUGGUGAGACCCAGCUUUCCCCGUUCAAACAAUGGGUUGAGUGUUAGGCAGCAGUUCCUGUUGUUUUUGGUGCACUAUGGUAACUAAAUAAUUGAGGUUAAUUGUCAGUUCUUGAAGAUAUUUUUGUAUCAUUGAAAUGUCAAUGAUUUCAGCUUUCUAAUAACAAAUAGCAGCUGUUGUCCUGAUUUACCUAUUCCUAAGAAUUGUUUGGUGUAGAACACAAUGGUACCAAUUCUUAGCUAUGGCUGUGUAGUGCACCAUGCACCUCCAGAUGGAGCAGGAGAGCUGCAAAGGUAGUUUUAAGUCACUCUGUGCUCCCUUUGUGCCAGACAUAACUUAGAGCACCCUGAAGGCAGCUUUAAGAUACGCUGGCUGCCAAGAGCCCCAAGGGACUGCCAAGGUGCAGGGAAGUCUUGGCCAUACCUCUUGUUCUGUAGACAUUCCACAGGUUAGCUAUGGAGAGAAGGGGUGGCGCAUGAGGUGCUGUGUUGCUUCUUGCACUACUGGAGAGUCCCCUGAUUGCCCUAUGGUUCUUAGGUUGGGUUUAGAGCCACUUUGUAAUGAUGCUGCAACAUUAAACAGCCAAAGAUCAGAGCCACUGUUCUCAGUUAGCUAGUUACUUCACUGAAAGACGAGGCAAUCUAUCAAAUGAAUGAAAUUCUAUGCCAAGGUAUCAGUCUUCUGCGGAAGUUAGAUUUCAUCAUGAUAAAUUGGUCAUUUCCUGCCCUCUGCUGGUAAUUUUUGAAAAUACAACAAGCCCUAGGUGAGGAAACAUUUGCUGCAAAUAAUUUAAGACACAUUAAAUGGAUGCAAUGAAGUGAUAGUUUCUAAAUUAACGAAGCAGCCUGAAACUCCUAAUUUCAAGGCAUAUUUACUUUAUUUAAAUGUAAAAAGCAUCUGUGCAAAAGCUUUAACAAAGAGAUCCUAUUUAAUGGAUCUGUCAAAGACUUACAUAUGAGAGGAAAAGAUGGGUUUGUGGCUAAGGCAAAUCACUGGGGAGUCAGGACUCCUGGGUUCUAGUCUAGCUUUGCUGCAGAAUCACUGUGUAACUCUCAGGCAAGCCAGUUAGCCUUUGUGUGCCUCAGUUUCAUUAGCUUAUUCUGUUUUUACUUAAUUUGUGCCUUUAGGAUUGUAAUCGUUUCUGAGACCUGUUUGUGAGCCAUGACCUACCACUGCCCAGCUCUUUGUACAUUUGCAGGACUAUGGAACUGAGGUGCCACUUCAGGUAAUAUUUGAGAGCUUCAGAGACACUGAGGCUGGCUUUGUGUGAACCAUUCUGAACAUCACAUUUUAGUCUUGCUACUUGCAGCAACUGAGUUUUUCCCUGGAUACAAGACAAGGCAGGGAAGAACCAUUCAGUUCUGACACUUUAUGGUGAUGACUGAUUUGUAGGUUCAUUUAUAAAUGUGUUGGCUUUUCUGUGGCAUUGAUCGCUCUACUGUGGGCAGCUCAAACAAGAAUGGAUUUAACUUUACAACACUUGUGUGAGGAAGGCCUAUAUUAUUACUCCCUUUUCACGGAGUUGAACCAAAUUAUAGAGCAAUCAGUGGCUUGCACAGGGUGCCACGCAGUGGCUGUGGCAGAGUAGUGAAUUGAAUCCAAUUCCCAGUCUGAUACCACAACUGCAACCCCAUCCUUCGGCUGGAAUCUCAACUCUGAGUAGCUUUCAUUUGAAAAGGGAGGAGAAAUCACGUUUAAAUGGAGACUGUCAAGGUACAAUGAUUAAGAGAACGUCCUCUCACCUUUUGAGAGCACUGUUAAGAUCUGCCUCAAAUCCAGUGUUUGCUCGCUUUCUCCAAGCAUCCACAUGUGAGUUUGUCCAGUCAGUUCUUGUGCCACUUGCUGACUUUACUCCUGACUGCUUCUAGUGCUCAAUCCAAUUUAGUCUGAGUCCUCCUAUCACAAUAGGUCUUGGAAUAAUGUCAGGGUUAUAAACGUGUUUGCUAAAAGGGUGGUACAUGAGGGCAGGUGUCUGAAUGUAGGGAGUAUCAUUCUUGCCAAGUUGACACAAGCAGGCUGACAAUUCUCAGCUAACAGCUCUUCUUUACAAUUGGGCGUGUCUCUCUGAACAGCCUGUUUCGUGGCCCAUAGAUAAAGGAUUCUGUAGCACCAGCAGAAGAGUUUGAGCCAAAAGCUAGGAUUUGCUUCUCCUCCAUGUACCUCCAGAAAUUUUGUUCUAGCAACAUGAAGACAUUGAGACUGCCACUGCUGUAAAAAGCCCCCUCUUCACCAUACCAAAGACACAAAAACAUACAGCUUUUACGAAAAAUCCUAAACUGUUGACAGUGAUAUCCCCUGUCCAGCCCCCUGUCAAUCCCAUGUCAACCUAUGGCCAGAUUUUCCUGUCAGUUACAGUGGCAUAACUCCAUUGAAUGUGAUCACUAUAGAAAGCAGAUUCCAGAGCAAAACAGCUGUCCACUAACAGCACCCUGCCACCAGGCGCUAGACAUUCUGAUCCAGGCAGCAUUAGCAAGAGACCAGCAGAAAGUAUCAACUUUUAUAAUCUCUCCCAGCAGUUCUACAGCUCCUGUCAUCAUAGUAGGUCAUUGUCUGAAGUAGACAGGACCAAUCGGGCUGGGAAGAUCAAUAGCAACAUCUUGAAUUAUAGUUGGAAGGGACUAGGUGGCUGUGCAGUAUUGGGAAAUACUGCACAGGCAAAAGCCUGUAAAAUAAUAUAAAAUUUCUGGGUAGAUUUGGUGUCUCCAUUACCUUGGAGAUGAAGGGAUUGUCAGAGUUCCAACUCGAAUGAACAACAAUUUACUUUGUAUCACUGUCAUGCAUUUUAUUUAAAGAGGCAGGAUGAACAUUUUGGCUUGGCUGUAUUUCAGUGUCAAACAUUUCCCAUUGCUCAGAGCUUCCACUCGAACUGCUAAAGGAAAUGGCUAGCAUGAGUUGCACUAUUUUAGCUGUAGUGUUUCUUUGAAGAUGAGCAAAGCACACUGCUAGUAAGCUUUCUUGGAGGUGAGGCUGCCCUUGUUGCUUCUGUUUAACAGUUUUUAGUAGAAGUUAAGCUCACAGAGAUCAGUGAUGGACAGGGCGGACAACUGAGGAAAGUGAGGAAACGGUUAGUCUUGAAACUCAAAUGGGAGUGGGGAGGAAGAUGGCAAAGGAAGGUUAUUUGCACUACUCUGAGAUUUUGUAGUUGGAGCUUUUCUGUAAAGCAUAAACACAGAAGGAAACCUGGGCAUACAAAUACUUUCGCAAUCCCUGCCAACCUUAGCCUCUGUAGUGCUUGGUAAAGCAAUAUACUAGAUUGAGCUGAAUGAAACCUACAGAUAAAUAACUUUUACUGGAUUGGAAUCACAGGCUGCCUGUUUUAUCUGUGCUCAGCAGCUAGUGUUUAUGAAAAAUGUACAGUUAUGCUCACCAAGAGAUGCUCAAAACUGAAGCAUGAUCCUACACCCUCUUCACCUAUUGUGUAAUAUAUUACCAAUAAAUGCAAGGUGGCAUUUGGUUCCGUUCUGUUAUGUAUCUAUUUCUAGAGAAUCUUGUACAAAUUUUAGGGGUUCCACUAUACCGUCUUUCCAUGCACUUGUGCACAUCUGGGUAUUAAAUAGCCCACAAAAUGUAUCUGGACUGUGUUUUUUUUAAAAAUGGAUCUUGAAAGGCUGCAAUGAUUUAAGAUAGUAUAUGUGGAAUAGCACUGCUGUAUCAGGGUUCGUGCUGCACUGUGUAGCCACAUGAAUGAGGCUAUAACUGUACAGCCCUGGCUUUGAAAUGAGUAGCUUAUCACAUUUAAGAAUUUACUUUCUAGUUUAAUGGAAAUUGAGACAUUCUUCUAUUGGAGUACGCAUAGAAUCAUAGGACUAGAAGAGACCUCAAGAGGUCUUCUAAUCCAGUCCCCUGUACUCAAGGCAGGACCAAUUAUCCCUGACAAGUGUUUAACUAAACUGCUCUUACAAAUCUCGUAUGACGGAGAUUCCACAACCUCCCUAGGUAAUUUAUUCCAGUGUUUAACUACCCUGAUAGGAAGUUUUGAAGCCCUUUAGAAUAAAUGGAAACUCGUAUCUAAAGUCUUGUUCAUCUGGUUGAGGAUCUACACAAAUUAAAUACACAGUUUUUAAUUAUUUGGCUCUAUAACGCUCCUGAGAGAUCCAGAGGAGUUGGGAUGGGGCAAGGUUCACACCAUAAUUAUUGUAUUUAAACUCUGACACUAAUGGAACAGGGGAAAUACCUACCGCUUCCCUUCAUAUAAUUUUAUUGCAUGACCCAGAAGUUUUGCUUUUGAUCGUAUUUUUGCAACAAUAGCCACUUGUGCUGUGCGACAGGUAAAAAUUGAUCUUUCAGCUGUUGAGCAACACUCUGUAAAAUUUCACAGGCUUUUCUGUCAACCUUGCUUCCCCCCUUCUCCCUCCCGCCAGCUUUGCAGUGUAAUAUGAACACCUCCAAUGUUGUAUAUACUCUGAAGGACAAAUGGAAUCUGGGCAGUGCAAACAAGUUUCUCCAGCACUUUUUAGUACAGCUUUAAGUAAUCGGUGUUGCAUCCAAACAAAAGUUAUAUUGAUGGUCAUUUUCUCCAAAUCCUGAAUAUCAGUGAAUGUCACAGUAAAUAUGUUUCAUAUCUAAAACACACUUUAAAAUCCAGCUGUGACAAUUGUAUUCCCAGCUUUUUACUCAAAUGUGUGCUCAAGUUGAUAGUGAAGAAAUGCAGGAAUGGUGAAGAAAGCUUAUAAGCACUUGUUAACACUGUAUAGAUGUUUUAAAUUACUUUAUUUGCAUGCAGAAUCAUGGACUACUUAUGUGCAAAUAAAACCCACAAUUCUGAGAAUCUGGGGACCAAUAUCUUUUGAACAUUGCCUUAUGAUUGUAACUGGGGUCUCUGUUUCAGUCUUUAUCAGAUUCCUGCCUUUGAGAAAUGGUUCUUAUUGCAAUGAAUUUUUUAGUAAAUGUGUGGUAUUUAUAAGGGGUGUACAGAAUCCAAACAGACAUAUUUGCCUGAGCAAUAUAAACUUCAUGGAGUUGUAAAUUGAAUAGGACAUUUAUUUAUUUUGAAAUAAAAGUUAUAACCAGAAAA